AUGGAGCUUGCUCUCCCCUUCCUCCUCCUUGCACUCCUUGCAAACCCCUCGCUUGCCCAUGCCAAUGGCGACGCCGGAAACACGACGACGUACAUCGUGUUCAUGGACCCGGCGCGCAUGCCGGCCGUGCACCGGACACCGGCGCACUGGCACGCGGCGCACCUCGAAUCCCUGUCCAUCGACCCGUCCCGCCACUUGCUGUACUCCUACUCCGCCGCCGCGCACGGAUUUGCGGCGGCGCUGCUACCGGGCCAUUUGCCCCUGCUCCGCGGCAGCCCCGAGGUGCUCCAGGUGGUUCCAGACGAGGUGUUCCAGCUCCACACCACGCGCUCUCCGGAGUUCUUGGGCCUUCUCACGCCGGCCUACCAGCCCGCCAUCGUCAAUCUGGAGGCGGCCACGCACGACGUGGUCAUAGGGGUUCUUGACACCGGCGUAUGGCCGGAGUCGCCGAGCUUUGCGGGCGGCAACCUGCCGCCACCGCCUGCGCGGUGGAAGGGGGUGUGCGAGGCUGGCGUGGAUUUCCCGCCGAGCUUGUGCGGGAGGAAGCUGGUGGGCGCGCGCAGCUUCUCGCGCGGCAUCCGUGCGGCAAACGGCGGCGCCAUAGGCGUGGGGAAGAGGACGUUCAGGUCGGCCCGGGACAGGGACGGGCACGGCACGCACACGGCGUCCACGGCGGCCGGCGCGGUGGUGGCGAACGCAAGCCUGCUCGGGUACGCCACGGGGACGGCGCGCGGGAUGGCGCCCGGGGCGCGCGUGGCCGCGUACAAGGUGUGUUGGCCGGAGGGGUGCCUCGGCUCCGACAUCCUAGCCGGCAUUGACGCCGCUGUUGCUGAUGGGGUGGGCGUGCUGUCGCUGUCCCUCGGCGGCGGCUCAGCGCCGUACUUCCGGGAUACCGUAGCGGUGGGCGCCUUUGGUGCCGCGGCGGCCGGCGUGUUCGUCUCUUGCUCCGCCGGAAACUCCGGUCCCUCCGGCGCCACCGUCUCAAACUCGGCUCCGUGGGUCGCCACCGUCGGCGCAGGGACACUCGACCGAGAUUUCCCGGCAUACGUCACGCUCCCCACAGGCGCGCGCCUGGCCGGCGUGUCCCUCUACGCGGGACCUUCUCCCUCCCCACGCCCCGCCAUGCUCCCACUCCUCUACGGCGGCGGGCGUGACAACGCCAGCAAGCUCUGCCUCUCUGGGACGCUCGACCCGGCCGCCGUGCGCGGCAAAAUAGUUCUCUGCGACCGCGGCGUGAACGCGCGCGUGGAGAAGGGCGCCGUCGUCAAGGCGGCCGGCGGCGCCGGCAUGAUAUUGGCCAACACGGCGGCCAGCGGAGAGGAGCUCGUGGCGGACAGCCACCUGCUCCCCGCGGUGGCGGUGGGGCGGAUGGUGGGUGACAAGAUACGGGAGUACGCGGCGGGCGGCGGCGGCAGGCCCAUGGCAAUGCUGAGCUUCGGCGGCACGGUUCUUGGCGUCCGGCCGUCUCCAGUCGUGGCGGCGUUCAGCUCCCGCGGCCCCAACACCGUCGUGCCGGAGAUCUUGAAGCCGGACAUGAUCGGCCCGGGGGUAAACAUCCUGGCCGCUUGGACCGGCGUCGCUGGACCGACUGGACUCGCCAAAGACGGCCGCCGGACUCGCUUCAACAUCAUCUCAGGGACAUCGAUGUCAUGCCCUCACAUUAGUGGAGUGGCUGCGCUCAUGAAGGCCGCUCACCCUGACUGGAGCCCUGCUGCCAUCAAGUCUGCGCUAAUGACCACCGCAUACACCGUCGACAACACAAACGCCUCUCUCCGGGACGCCGCGGACGGUUCACUUGCAAACGCGUUUGCUUAUGGCGCCGGCCAUGUCGACCCGCAGAAGGCGCUUUCUCCAGGCCUUGUGUACGACAUCUCUACAAAUGACUACGCUGCCUUCCUAUGCUCCCUGAACUACAGCGCCCCGCACAUCCAAGUGAUCACCAAGACGUCCAACGUCUCCUGCCCGAAGAAAUUCCGCCCCGGUGAUCUCAACUACCCAUCCUUCUCCGUGGUGUUCAAUCAGAAAUCAAAGCGGGUCCAGAGGUUCAGAAGGGAGCUAACCAAUGUUGGCCCCAUGACCUCGGUUUACAACGUGAAGGUGAUCAGCCCUGAGUCCGUUGCUGUCACGGUGGCACCGGCGAAACUCACGUUCAAGAAGGUGGGGCAGAAGCUCAGGUACCAUGUCACCUUUGCAUCCAAGGCUGGGCAAGGCCACGUGAAACCGGAUUUCGGGUGGAUAUCCUGGGUGAACGAUGAACACGUCGUUCGCAGCCCAGUCGCGUAUACAUGGAAGAUGUGA